CUGCUAUAAAUUCAUCUAGUUUCUUCUCCGGCUGUUCCCGAGGCUGACGUCUGGGGGCACCUUUCUUCCAUGGCUCAGGACACACACCUGGGUCGAGCCAAUAGGAAAACUUUCUGGUAAGAAUUUGACUCACAUUUAAAAGCUAAAGGUGGCAACUUGUUAGAAUCCAGUGAUAUUUUUUUUCCCUUUCAAUUUUCUGGGUUUUUGAUACUUUAGUUCUCUCUGAGGGUAAAUUUCUGAAAAGACUUCUUAACCAUAUGCUGUUUGCACCACCCAACUUCCAAGUGUGGAUUUAUGCCCAAGGACUCUGACUGGGGCUGCCGAUAAGCAUGGUAAGUGUUCGCUGCAAGCUGGCUCGUUACCUGGAGGACCUGGAAGACAUAGACUUUAAGAAAUUCAAGAUGCAUUUAGAAGACUAUCCCAGUCAGAAGGGCUGCACCUCAAUUCCUCGGGGUCAGACAGAAAAAGCAGAUCAUGUGGAUCUAGCCACGCUGAUGAUUGAUUUCAACGGGGAAGAGAAGGCAUGGGCCAUGGCCAAGUGGAUUUUUGCUGCAAUCAACAGGAGAGACCUUUACGAGAAAGCUAAGAGGGAUGAGCCAGAAUGGGAGAAUGCAAAUGUUUCUGUACUAAGUCAGGAAGAAAGCCUUGAAGAAGAAUGGAUGGGUUUACUGGGAUACCUUUCCAGAAUCUCUAUUUGUAGGAAAAAAAAAGAUUACUGUAAGAAGUACAGAAAAUAUGUGAGAAGCAAAUUCCAGUGUAUUGAAGACAGGAAUGCCCGCCUGGGUGAGAGCGUGAACCUCAACAAACGCUUCACCAGGCUGCGUCUCAUCAAGGAACACAGGAGCCAAUGGGAGAGGGAGCAUGAGCUCCUGACCAUUGGAAGGACCUGGGCCAAGAUACAGGAUAGUCCCGUGAGUUCUGUGAACUUGGAAUUGCUGUUUGAUCCUGAGGACCAACACUCUGAGCCUGUGCACACGGUGGUAUUCCAGGGAGCAGCGGGCAUCGGGAAAACAAUACUGGCCAGGAAGAUCAUGUUGGACUGGGCAUCAGAGAAACUUUACCAGGAUAGAUUUGACUAUUUGUUUUACAUUCACUGCCGGGAGGUAAGCCUUGGGGCGCAGAGGAGCCUGGGGGAUCUGAUCGCCAGCUGCUGCCCUGGCCCAAACCCACCCAUAGGCAAGAUUGUAAGCAAACCUUCCAGGAUCCUCUUCCUCAUGGACGGCUUUGACGAGCUUCAAGGUGCCUUUGAUGAGCACACGGAAGCACUCUGCACGAACUGGCAGAAGGUGGAGCGGGGAGACAUUCUCCUGAGCAGCCUCAUCAGAAAAAGACUGCUUCCUGAGGCCUCACUCCUCAUCACCACAAGACCUGUGGCUCUGGAGAAACUUCAGCACUUGCUGGGCCAGGCUCGUCAUGUGGAGAUCCUGGGUUUCUCAGAGGCCAGGAGGAAGGAAUAUUUCUUAAAGUAUUUCUCAGAUGAGCAGCAAGCAAGGGAAGCCUUCAGGCUGAUUCAGGAGAAUGAGAUCCUCUUCACCAUGUGCUUUAUUCCUCUGGUCUGCUGGAUUGUGUGCACUGGACUGAAACAGCAGAUGGACAGUGGCAAGAGUCUUGCUCGGACAUCCAAGACCACUACUGCAGUGUAUAUCUUCUUCCUCUCUAGUUUGUUGCAAUCUCAGGGAGGGAGCCAGGAGAACCACAACUCUGCUACCCUCUGGGGUCUCUGCUCAUUGGCUGCAGAUGGAAUCUGGAACCAGAAAAUCCUAUUUGAGGAGUGUGAUCUCAGAAAUCACGGCCUGCAGAAGGCAGAUGUGUCUGCUUUCUUGAGGAUGAACCUGUUCCAAAAGGAAGUGGACUGCGAGAAAUUCUACAGCUUCAUCCACAUGACUUUUCAGGAGUUCUUUGCUGCCAUGUACUACCUGCUGGAAGAAGAUAAUCAUGGGGAGAUGAGGAGCAUGACUCAGGGUUGUUCAAAGCUUCCCAACCGAGAUGUGAAGGUCCUUCUCGAAAACUAUGGCAAAUUCGAAAAGGGGUAUCUGAUUUUUGUUGUCCGUUUCCUCUUUGGCCUUAUAAACCAGGAGAGAACCUCCUACUUAGAGAAAAAACUGAGCUGUAAGAUCUCGCAGAAAAUCAGGCUGGAGCUGCUGAAAUGGAUUGAAGCAAAAGCCCAGGCCAAGACACUACAGACUGAGCCCAGCCAGCUGGAAUUGUUCUAUUGUUUGUAUGAGAUGCAGGAGGAGGAAUUUGUGCAAAGGGCCAUGGGCCAUUUCCCCAAAAUUGAGAUCAAGCUGUCCACCAGAAUGGACCAUGUGGUUUCUUCUUUUUGUAUUGAGAACUGUCGCCAUGUGGAAUCCCUUUCCCUGAGGUUGCUCCAUAACUCACCCAAAGAGGAGGAAGAAGAGGAGGAAGUUAGACACUCUCAUAUAGACCAUUCUGUUCUCUCUGAUUCUGAGGUUGCAUAUUCUCAGCGGUUGGUGAACUAUCUGACCACCAGCAUUUGCAGCGGCAUCUUCUCAGUCCUGAGCAAUAACUGGAACCUCACUGAAUUGAACCUCAGUGGCAAUACCCUGGGGGACCCAGGCAUGAAGGUGCUGUGUGAAACACUCCAACAACCGGGUUGUAACAUUCGUAGAUUGUGGUUGGGACAGUGCUGCCUUUCCCAUCAGUGCUGCUUCAACAUCUCCUCAGUCCUGAGCAACAACCAGAAGCUGGUGGAAUUGGACCUGAGCCACAACGCCCUGGGAGACUUCGGGAUCAGACUUUUGUGUGUGGGACUGAGGCAUCUAUUCUGCAAUCUGAAGAAGCUCUGGUUGGUCAGCUGCAGUCUCACAUCAGCAUGCUGUGAGGACCUUGCAUCUGUCCUGAGCACCAACCAUUCCCUGACCAGACUCUACUUGGGGGAAAAUGCUCUGGGAGACUCAGGAGUUGGGAUUUUGUGUGAAAAAGUAAAGAAUCCACACUGUAACUUGCAGAAACUGGGGUUGGUGAACUCUGGCCUUACAUCAGGCUGUUGUCCAGCUCUAUCCUCGGUGCUCAGUACAAAUCAGAAUCUCACCCACCUUUACCUACAGGGCAAUGCUCUUGGCGACAUGGGGGUCAAGCUACUCUGUAAGGGACUCUUGCACCACAACUGCAAGCUUCAGGUGUUGGAGUUAGACAACUGCAGCCUCACAUCACACUGCUGCUGGGAUCUUUCCACACUUCUAACUUCUAACCAGAGCCUGCGAAAGCUGAGCCUAGGCAACAACGACUUGGGAGAUCUGGGGGUCAUGCUUCUCUGUGAAGUGCUCAAACAGCAGAGCUGCCUCCUGAAAAGCCUGAGGUUGUGUGAAAUGUAUUUCAACUAUGAUACAAAACGUGCACUAGAAACACUUCAAGAAGAAAAGCCUGAAUUAACCAUUGUCUUUGAGCCUUCUCGAUAGUGGUGGAAGCACUCUGCCAUUCGGGUGUGGACAAGUUGUAGUGAGCAUUCUUCCUUCAGCAUUAAGAUCACCUCUCUGCAAUUCUUCUGGUCCAGUGAGGAAGAAUGAAAACUUGCUGAUGGUCCUUCUGCCUGGUGAAUAUGAGAAUCUCCUUCAUCCCUAGGUUGAAGACACCAGUGCAGUAAAAUCAUCAAAUGAAACAGUUCUUACCACAGUGCCUUAGUCAGAGAAUGUGUUCCUCUUGGUGACCUCACGUAUCUAACUCAUUCAGGAAAACACUUUUUCCUUCUUUUUCUCUUUUUACUCUAACUCUCCUUUCCUUUGUACCUCUCCCCACUUUUUUUUCUUUGACUAUAUCAUCUUUCCUGCCAUCUUUCUCUUAAUUGACCAUAACAGAAUGAGUUAACUAUAUAUUAUGCUGCAAUUUUGUAGCAGCAACUUAUUUAUUUUUAAUUUUUGAACUGUUAUAUAUUCUAAUAAAAUAAUUGAUGUUUAUUGUAUUGUAGCUGGUUGGAACUUUUGAAAAUAGAAAAAAACUUUAUUGUAUUUAUUGAGUUAAAUUGUUUCCUUUCCUUGGUUUUAAGAGAGGAUGCCUAGAAAGCCUUUUACUUAUUUAUCUAAAUUACUAAAGAUAAAUUAAAUUGCUUCGUGUAUUAAAAAAAUCUCUUUGGCAAAUGAUUCAAUUUUAAUGAAUAAGGAAAAAAUCCUUCUAACUCUGAUGGUUGAAAUUUCAGUUCUGGUAAGACAGGAGGUUGAAAAUCAUACAAAGGAAAAUUUUAGAGUAGAUGGAGCCUAUAUUCAUAAAUAGAAGUAUUAUGUAGAAAAUGCAUUUUUGCCUUCAGUUUUAAGAAUUUGUCUUGGAUUUAUCCCAUCACAAGAACAUUUCAUCCAUCACACUUCACAUAGCAUUAACUCAUUAAUAUGUAUUGAUUAAUCACUUUUCCACACAUGGAGAAACUCUUGAACCACAGGGAAUUGUUCAAGAUAGAAAUACUACUUCUUUUUUCAAGUGAGUCAUCUAGACCUUGCUUGUCAAAGUGUAGCCUAUGGAUUUCUGAAAAGAUGAAAGUUAGCCACUCAAUCAUGUCCAACUCUUUGCAACCCCAUGGAGUAUAGCUCUCCAGGCUCCUCUGUCCGUGGAAUUCUCCAGGCAACACUACUGGAGUGGGUUGCCAUUCCCUUCUCCAGGGGAUCUUUCAGACCCAGGGAUCAAAACUGCUUUUUUAGAUGGGCUAACUUUUUUUCAUGGUAAGACUCUUUCAGUAGGAAAGGAGUAUGUAAUUUAUAUUCUGAUGCAAAGUCUUUGUCUUUGUCUUCUGUAGGACCAACACUUUUGAGUAACUCUAGUCUCAAUAUUUGUAUUUUUGCAUCUUAGUAAACUGAGGUAUUGCAGACUGCCUAUCUGCUAAAAAUACCUUGACAUUCAGGAUAAAAUAUAAUUAGAAACACACAGCUAAGCUGGAAAGAUAGAAAAAUUUCUGUGCACUAGGCUCUCAAAAUUGAAUUAAGAGUUUACCUCUCAAAGGUCAAGAGAAAUAUCUGAAUAAAGACCCCACAGUGUAACUAUUAAUUUGGAAAAAUCCAUGAAGUUUUCCUCACUAGGAGAACUAAAAAAUAAGUAAAGAUGAUGGAUAGAAAAUCAAUAUGCAAACAUCAAAACAAGCAGUUGGAAAGAAAUCAUUCUUUCCAAUAAUCAUAGUAAAAAUUGGGUCAGGCAUGAAGCAUCAAUGGGUGCUAAAACCUAAUAGGAAAUUUAAAUGAUGAGCAGGAUUCUUAUGUAGUCUGAAAUUAUCUUUUUACAUUGGCUAAUCAGUUGCAAAAGAAAAAUACUAACUAUAUAAAAAGCAGAAACUAGACAGUACCCUGACCAUCUAAUAAAAAAUAUCAAAGAGGGCAGAUGGAUGCCUUCUUUUAGGUAAGAUGACUUGAGGAGAAACUGAUAUCACUAUUGUGUGUUUCUGGUUGAGAACCCAAAAUUUAAUUAACAAACACCACACAGACUCCAAAUGAGGAAGUUCUAUGAAAAGGGAAAGGAGACUAUAUUCUUCAAGAAUGUCAAUGUCAGUGUUAAUAAUGGGUAGAUGUUGGGGUGGGGGAGUUAUUAAAUUAUCCUUUAAACUGUUCUUAUUCAUGUAUCAUUUAUGUGCAUAUGAUGUUAUUUCCAAAUAAAAAGUUUAAAUAAUUAAAAAAA